CCCAGCGCCCGUUAGAGCGGCUCCUCUCUUUUUUUCGGCGGCGGGUGUCAAAUUGUGAGGCGACGAGUGAGUGCGCGCAGCUCGCUCCCUUUCCGCCACAGCCACCCCCUUCCGCAGCUCCGGGGUGGGGCCGGGCAAGGCGAGGGGGCGAUGCCGACUCAGCGCGAGAGCGGCAGUAACAGCGGCGGCAACAGCAUGUCUCACCCUGGCCUGGGAGGUGGCGGAGGGAGCGCCGGCAGCGUAGGGGGUCUCGGUGGCCCCGGUGGCGACAGCGCCCAUCAGGUCCGCGUCAAGGCUUACUAUAAAGGGGACAUUAUGAUAACCUAUUUUGAACCUUCCAUCUCCUUUGAUGGGCUGUGUAAUGAAGUUCGAGACAUGUGCGCCUUUGAUAAUGAGCAGCUUUUCACCAUGAAAUGGAUUGAUGAAGAAGGGGAUCCAUGUACUGUUUCUUCUCAACUGGAAUUGGAAGAGGCUUUUCGGUUGUAUGAACUAAAUAAGGAUUCUGAACUUCUUAUACAUGUUUUUCCUUGUGUUCCAGAGAGGCCUGGAAUGCCCUGUCCAGGGGAAGAUAAAUCUAUUUACCGUCGAGGUGCACGGCGAUGGCGAAAGCUCUAUUGUGCAAAUGGUCAUACUUUCCAAGCCAAGCGGUUUAACAGAAGAGCUCAUUGUGCCAUCUGUACUGACCGGAUAUGGGGACUGGGGCGGCAGGGCUAUAAAUGCAUCAAUUGUAAACUCCUAGUUCACAAAAAAUGUCACAAACUUGUCAGCAUAGAGUGUGGCCGACAUGCACUACCACCAGAGCCUAUGGAUCAUUCAUCAGUGCAUCAUGAUAACAUAGAACCAGUGAUUCCAUAUCAUCCUUCAAGUCAUGAAAGUCUGGACCAUGUUGGUGAAGAAAAGGAGGCAACAAGUAUUAGAGAAAGUGGCAAAGUAUCUUCCAGUCUGGGUCUCCAAGAUUUUGAUCUACUUCGAGUUAUAGGGAGAGGAAGUUAUGCAAAAGUACUUCUGGUUCGUUUAAAGAAGACAGAGCGCAUUUAUGCAAUGAAAGUUGUGAAAAAAGAACUAGUCAAUGAUGAUGAGGAUAUUGAUUGGGUUCAGACAGAAAAACAUGUCUUUGAGCAGGCUUCAAAUCACCCUUUCCUUGUUGGUCUGCACUCUUGUUUCCAGACAGAAAGCAGAUUAUUUUUUGUUAUAGAAUAUGUAAAUGGAGGGGAUCUCAUGUUUCAUAUGCAGCGCCAAAGGAAAUUGCCAGAAGAGCACGCCAGGUUUUACUCUGCAGAAAUCAGUUUAGCAUUAAACUAUCUUCAUGAACGAGGAAUAAUUUAUAGGGACUUGAAACUGGACAAUGUGUUGCUGGAUUCUGAGGGCCAUAUCAAACUGACAGACUAUGGCAUGUGCAAGGAAGGAUUAAGGCCUGGAGACACAACCAGCACUUUCUGUGGCACUCCCAACUACAUUGCUCCUGAGAUCUUGCGUGGAGAAGAUUAUGGAUUUAGUGUGGACUGGUGGGCUUUAGGUGUACUGAUGUUUGAAAUGAUGGCAGGAAGAUCACCAUUUGAUAUUGUUGGAAGUUCUGAUAAUCCUGAUCAAAACACAGAAGACUAUCUUUUCCAAGUUAUUCUGGAGAAGCAAAUCCGUAUCCCACGGUCCCUUUCUGUGAAGGCAGCAAGUGUUCUAAAAAGCUUUCUUAACAAGGAUCCAAAAGAACGUUUAGGAUGCCAUCCUCAAACAGGGUUUGCAGAUAUUCAGGGACAUCCAUUUUUUCGUAACGUUGAUUGGGAUCUGAUGGAACAAAAACAGGUAGUUCCUCCAUUUAAACCAAAUAUAUCUGGAGAAUUUGGUCUGGACAACUUUGAUUCCCAGUUCACUAAUGAACCUGUUCAACUCACUCCUGAUGAUGAUGAUAUUGUAAAGAAGAUAGACCAGUCAGAAUUUGAAGGCUUUGAAUAUAUAAAUCCUCUUCUGAUGUCUGCUGAGGAAUGUGUCUGAUCUCCCACUUCUGAACUGUGCCAUUUGUUGCUGAUGAUGUUUUUUCUGCAUGGAUGAACAGUUUGCUGUUGGGAUGCAACUGAUAAAAUACACAUAUCUUUGUCAUUUGCCACCUAGUAUGAACUACACAUUAAUUUGCUAUAAACGAUGCUUUUAUUGAAAUAUAAGAAUCUAAAACAUUAAAACGUUUUGCCAAAGUUGAACUCUUACACCGAGGCGACUGUUUGCCUAUAGGCUUGAAUAAUGUGAAGUAGAGGGUAUUACCAGCUCUUCUACCUGAAAUGUAAUGCAGCUCUGUUUUAAAGUAGUCCUGUUAAAGAGCACCUGCUGCAUUGCAAAAUUAACCCAAGGAGUCAUCUGUAAGUCCUGGUUCACACUUGGAGCUAAAAACUGGGUUUAGGGAUUGAGCCAUAGUAAUGCAUAUAUUGUUCUUCUCCCAACAUCUGUGUUCAGCUUGAUAUCUGACUGAUGCCAGUCCAUCUUAAAAUAAACAGAUAUAUGUUACCAAAUUCACUCUGAGAAUCCUGAUUAAACCUGGUUCUCACUCUGAGUUUAGGAAUACGUUCAAAUUGAUUAUGGUAAUGUUGUGCUGAAACUAAAUCAGAUAGAAAGUGGUGGAGGAAGUUGCACAUAAUGCCACAGUCUGCUCCCAGUCUGUAAAUCUUAGUUUAGCAUUUGGUUUCAUUUUACCUGUUACAAAUUUAGGGCUGCAAUCCUAUACACGCUUGGUGUGAGCCUCAUUGAAUUUGGUGGGACUUACUUCUGAGUAAGCAUGCAUAGGAUUGUGCUGUAGUACUUCUGAGCCUCUCUUUUAUACUUAUUUUUAUACAACUCUUCAGGAUUAUAGCUAAAGCCUUGCUAUUUCCUUAGACUUGAUGAAAGUGGCACAGCAUUUACUUUAACCUUGACCGAGCCAAGGACAAUACAUGCUUUCUUAGCAAUGAGGAUUAUGGUUCUAUCACAAAAGAAAAUUUUGCUCUUAAGAACCAGGUAGAAAACUAGACUCCAAAAUGAUUUUUCAUAGUUAACUAAAGUCAUUGGUUACAUGUUCUUGCUAUGUAAAUGAGUGCCUUCCUAAGCUUGUCCUUUAAGAAAGGGCUUAUAUGAGGUAUGGUGUCAGUUUAAGUUAAAAUUGGUUGUGUAUUUUAAGAGAAAAGGUAGUAUUUAGCACAAUUAGGCAGCUAAUGUUCACAAAUAAGACCUCAUACCAUCUUGUUCGUAUUCUUGUAGCUUCUAUUAAGGUACAAGAUACCUUAAAAUCUACACAAUAGAUUCAAAAUUCUUAUACUGCCACUAUAAAGUUUGAAAUGCAUUACACUACCACUGUAGAUCCCUCUGCUAAUAUGGUUGGAGAAGUGUAACUAACAUUUGAGAACCUCUUUUAGUCCUAUACAUUCAGCUGUUAGAUGUCUGCAACUAUUUUCUGGAUGGAUCCACAUAGAAUUAACUCAAAUUUGAAACCAACUAGAGAUGUAAAAUUUCCGGAAAUUUUGAAGCUAUGGAAAAAAAAUGGAAACUUGAGGAAAAUGACAUACCAAGUAAAAUUUAAUAUUGCAUUUUAAAAGUCAAGGAACUGCUGAAUAGAGAUAUUAGCUGUGUACCUUACUUGAUUUUACAAUGCUCGUCAAAAGAAGGGAUUCUCAAAAUAUUCUAGACAAUGUAGAAAUGUUUAAUGGAAAUCUUUAGUCUGAGUGGAGUUAAUGGAAUAAUAGUCUGAAUCAAGUUCAUCAUAGUUAUCCUUCUAUGGUGUUAAGUUUUUCUCUCUGCCAUUGUGAACAUUGUGGUACAUUUGAGCAUUAAGGCAAAAACAGCUGUUUCAAUUGUAUGAAUUAUCUUUCUACUUUUGAAACACGGAUAUAUUGAAAAGGAAGAAUUUAUCCACUUUGGUACUUGCCCAUACUACUUGACCAAGCUCAUGUUAGUUACAGGGCACAUCUAAAAACACUACCUGUACUAUACUUUAGAUCCAAUUAGGAAACAGUGUAUAUUAUUUUGGAGUGGGGGACAUGUCUGUGUGUGGUAUAAAUGAUUAGUUCCUGCCCUCUUAUUUUUCAGUCCUUUUCUAAAGUGUCUGAAAUUAGGCCACUAGCAGUGGCUUCACUUUGUAAGCUACAUGGUACAAAAUGACUGUAUAACAGAGGUACAUAUUCUGACUCGCACAAUUGUAGAGUGAAAUUCUAACAUUCAAGAUUUUUCUGCUUCCAAGCACAAAAGCAAUGAAUUUACAGAUGUUAUAAUAUGCUCUCAUCCCCACCCUGUAUGUGUGUAAUAUAUAUUUCAUGUCGUGAUGUCACCUUUAACAAAGAUUUGAGUGAUAUGUUAAAAGCAAAUGCCAGGAUUUGAUUUAUUUUUUCAUGUUUUUUUCAAACAAGUGCCAUGGUAUUAAAUUGUUAAUUUUUAAAACUUUUUUUUAAAAAUAUUUAGAAGCUGUCUUAAAAUAUUGAACAGGGAAUUCAGACAUGGACAGCUAAUGCAGCAUGAUGUUGGAAAGUAACCCUUCUUUUGGUAUAGAAAUUGGACUUAUGGGUACUUCCACUCACCUUGUACGGUGUUUCCUUCAUUUUGAGUCUUGGUUAUUAUACUGUGUAAUCAACUCCUGUAUGUCUACACACUUUUUUUACUUUCUAUUUUAAGUUUCAAAAUAAAAAUGUGGGGCUUUUUGUUUUAAA